GCUCGUGUUCCGCCCCUGGUCGUCCAUUCUUUUUUAUUUCUCCACACUACGUUGCUCUUUAUUCCCUUGGCUAUCCCUCUGUUACUCACUCAGAUCACACCAUAGAACAUCCUAUCUCCUGUUAACUGAUAACCACCAUAGACCUUUACAUGACGACGAUCACCACCCCACUAAGUAUCCGUUGAUCACUAUCCCCACUAAACUACAUAUCACUUUCUUCCAUUGUUUUCAUCACCAAAUCCUAUCUUUGUUUGAUUUUGUAUUCAAGAAUCAAGUAAAAAGGAGUGGAAAUGAAAUCGGAAACAAUACUUCAUCUCACUAAUUUUCACCAUUUGAGCAAGAGUUGUUUUCGGCCUUCACCAUCUAAGCAGGUGUCGUCGUCGGCCUUCAAGCCACUCCAUCUCUUAUGCGGUGAGGUUUAUGUGAGGGCAACAAUAAUACCUUCAAUUCGGUUAGAGUUUAUUUUGAUUUUUUGGAUAUGUAGUGUGGGUUUUCUUCUAACUAAUUAAUGCUAGAUUGUGGUAUGGUUCAUGAAGUUAGUUUAUAUUGAUCGAAUUUUUAGGGUUCUUAAAUAUUGAUAUGCAUUCUAUUGAAUUCUCAAAGCGUCAUGCUUAAACAUCGGGGUUUUUGUUUGUAAGUGAUUAAGGAUUUGUAGUGUGUAGAGGGUUCGAUUGUGCUUCUUCACUAUUUGGAUUUAGGUUUCAAGAUCUUUAGGUUCAUUAGUUUGUAUACAUGGUUGUGAAAAUAGAUGGAGUUUGACUUCUUUUUUUCUUGAAACCAAUGGAGGAUAGUGACGUUGUGAAAGGAGAGGAAAAUGAUGGGUGUUGUGGGAAUGGUGGGACCCUAGUAGUUUAAUAUUAUUAAUAGAAACAAAUAAAAAAGAUAAAAUAAAUUCAAAAGGAUAUAUAAGUCUUUUUAUAUGGAUAAGAAUCAACCAUCAUAAAAAUUAAAACCACAUGGACGGAUGGACCUUCCUAAAAAAAAAAUAGAGAUCAAACUUUAUAUUUUAAGAAAAUAGUUCUUUUACUUUCCUUCGGUUAUUUUUCCACAAAAAAAAAAAAAAAAGGAUAGAAUUAGAUUUUUUGCUAGAGGUUCCAAAAAAAUGAGAUCCUAUUUUAUAGGAUUCUUCUCUAGAACAAAUAGCAAAUGCAGACUUAACAGUUGGAAAUCAGAAUAUUGCUUCAUACAUGUAAACAGGACUCAUCCAAUCCCAUUAAGAACUAUAUCAACUUAAUAUGUUGAGAGCGAUUUAAAAAAUCCUUAGAUACAUUACAGACACAAACAAAAAGAUUGUUUACAGCAUCGAACUCUUUCCACAAGGCAUUCGAUUUAUUAUAGCAGUCAGAUAAAAUGUCAGAGCCCUGUUUAAUAAAGUACAGCAAGAUUGUCAAGAUCACUGUUCAAAUCUUAGGAUCGUGAGAAACGACCCGGUUCGUUAUUUAUAGGAUCCAGUUUGAAGUGAGAUCAGCCCUGGCCCAUGGGAUGUCAUCUCUGAUCCUAUCUCCAACUUGAAUUCGGAAUAUUUACCAAUUACCCUGUGUUCUUUUGAAUUUCGUCAAACCGUUAAGUGUAAACCCUAGAAAGCUAACUCCUACCUUCAGGCUUCAGCCACCCAAAAAAAAACCAAUCGCAACCUAAAAAUCCAUCCCAUUCCCAUGAAGCUCGAAAUUGAAGCCUAAAGGUUCGGUUUUACCUGUACAUUACCGAGCUCCGAACUUGAAUCCUUGAACAGAAGUCGAGAUUGAAGCCACUCAACAAGAAUCAAGGUUCGAUUUUCAUUGCUUCAACAUGAUCAUCUUUCUUUUCUUUGAAUGUAGUAUCUGAUUGCAGAUGCUCAUCUUAAAAUUAGCUUUCAUUUGAUCAUUGCAAAUGACCAUCUUAAAACAGAAACAACUCCUUUUCUUUAGUUGAUAAUAAUCUUGAUUUCAAAUGGAGUGUGCAAAGGUAAGAUGUAGGGAUUACAUUCCAAUAUUUAGUGUCUAAUUUGGGACUUAACUUAUUCCUUACUUAUUAGAGAGGAGGUACUAAAGAUAAAGAAAAAGGAAAAGGAUUAUGCUUUGUGUGUUUAUUCCUUACGUAUUAAACUAAAUUAGGAACAAGACCUGAAACCAAAUCUAGAAUAAUGAAGACUUUGAGAAAACAAUGUCCAGAUUACAAUAUCAUAUGUAUUUUCUAUUAGCCGAUGUUUAAAGCAUUCAUAAAAUACAUCAUAAAUUAUGUCAAUCGUUGAUAUAAAGUCAUUAGUUACCAACAAUCCCAUAUUAUAAGGGACAAAUAGGGAACUUGGUUUUCUAAAUUACUUAAAGAAAAUUAAAUUUACUAAGAGAAGCCACUUUUAAAAAAUUUCCCAUGCAUAUAUGCUCUUUCUUUGCUAUAAAUAAGAUGGGGAGUUUAGCAUUGUUAUCGUAAAGAGAGAAAUAUAAUUAUCAUGGAGGCACUUGAAGUACCUGAACACGGGCAUCCAUUAAAGCUUAUUGAUUUGCAUCGAGAAUACAAAGAAGAAGAAGAAGAUGAUGAUGAUGAGGGUGGUGAUCCGAUUACAAAAAUAGAGGGGUUUGGAGGUGCCACAUGUGGGAGGUGUAGGGAAGAAAUACAUAUGUACCACAGGUACUACUACACAUGCACCAUAUGUGAUGAUUUCUCACUUCAUAAAUUUUGUGCUGAGCUCCCGUCAACAUUAGAGCACCUAUCACACCCAUCAUAUCCUCUUCGCCUGGUAUCAUUUCCAUAUUCAUAUGUAGAUUCAUUUCCUCGGAUUUGUAAUAUUUGUAAGAGAAAUCACAAGUCUACAGAACUUCGUUACAAAUGUCAUAAUAGAUGUGAUUUCUCCAUUGAUGUCAAGUGUGCCUUGGAAAUAGGAAAAAAUAUCAUCUAUCAUCCAUGCCACCCUCACUUGCUAAUUUGUGCUAUCCCUAAGCCAAUAUUAUGCGAGUGUAGUGCUUGUGGGAAGGAACAUAAAGGGGUCUUCUAUCAAUGUACCACUUGUGGUGGCUUCACCAUUCACAAUGAUUGUGCUUUCCUACCGGAAAAAUUGCUCAUCCAAGAGAGAACAGAUGGUGCUUUUCAUCAUACUCAUCCCCUCAGCAUUUCAUAUUCCUUCCCAUUGAUUGAUCAAGAUGCCAAACAUCGUCCUAGAUGCAGAGUAUGUGGUGAUGAUUUCCGUGGUACGCAAAAUCUUUGGAUCUACAAAUGCGAUAGAUGUCUAUACUAUGCCCAUCUGGAUUGCGUGAGAGUGUCGCCUCCAACUGCUGGCUUUGGGAAAACCAUUAAAAAUUAUGAAGAUGUUGACCAUCCUGGUCUUCUCCAUCUCCCGUUCCCCGAUGAAACAUACAGCCUACCAAAACACUAUUUGUUUUUCCAACAAUCAAGUAUUGAUCAUCAUCAUAAUAAGAUUAAGGUGGAUGAUCACCUAACACAUGACAGUCAUCAACACCCUUUAAUUCUAGUUGAUGGUGAGACACAAAUUGAUAUUGAUGGCCAAACCCCCUCAAACAUUAAUUUUUCAUUAUCAAUGUGUCAUAACCCAAUGAAAAAGACCCAGCUGCUAUGCAAUGGAUGUCUCAGACCAAUCACAGAUACCAUGUGGUUUUAUGUGUGUGCUCAACAGAGUUGCAACGACUUUGCUCUCCAUGAAUGGUGCACUCGACUUCCCCCAAAAAUAGAAAACCACCCAUCCCACCCACAACAUACCCUCCAUCUCUUAUAUUCAAACGACCUGCCUCGCUAUUUCGGUGUGUUCUAUUGUGAUGUUUGUCGUCUGCCUUGUAAUGGAUUUUCUUAUCGUUGUGUCGAAUGUGUAUAUUGUGUUGAUGUUACUUGUGGGUUUAUACCUAGAGAAAUCACACAUGAAGCUCAUCCCAAUCACAUCCUUUCAUUAGCUCAAAAUAAAAAUACAAGUGCUCUUUGUCUAAUGUGUCUCCAACGUCUUUCUCUAGGACGAUUUUCAUUCUAUUGCAACACAUGUUCUUUAUGUAUACAUCUCGAAUGUGCUUUGUUAUUACCCGAGACAAUCAGGCACAAGUAUGACAAGAAGCAUCCCAUGCACCUAAGUUACCUCCCAAUUGAGAAUCACAAGAGUGAAUACUUUUGUGAAAUUUGUGAGAAGGAUUUGAAUCCUCAUGCAUCUUUCUAUCAUUGUAAAGAUUGUGUUCAGUCUAUACAUACUGAGUGUGCUUCGUUAAUUCUUCAAUGCGAGACAGAGACCUAUGUCGUGCAUACCGCGUGUCCAGGAGGUACUCACUCUUAUGUUAAUAUAAAGUUUGGAGGCAUUUAUAACACCAGUCGUCAUGAACACCCUGUCUUGUUUGCUCAAGGUAUCAUUUCAGAUGGUCAAUGUAGUACGUGUGGUAUGAGAUUACAAUAUAACAUGAUCUUUAAAUGUCUCGAGUGUAAGUUUGCAGUUAAUUACGAGUGUGGGUUGCCGUUCUAUUAAAAAACAACAGAGUGUGGGUUGUCUGCAUUUGAUUACGUUGUUGAGAGCCUAUCACCAAAAUAUUAUUGUCAAGUUUAUGGUUUCUCCCAUAUAUAUGCUUGAAACCACAAUGAUAUUUGUAAUUGUCACUACUUUCUUGUAUUUUCUCCUCGUUUAUGUCAUAACAUGAUACAAUACAAAUAAUUAAUUUGAUGCAUAUGUGCUUUAGUCUUGC